UAUAGUUGCAAACCAUUAACAAAAUUGAAAUUAUUGCUAUUUUUAAACAUCUCUCUCUGUUAAAAGUAUUUAAAUGACUAUGUAUUACCAGAAAGUAGUAAAAUUGAAUUCUUUUAACUAUAUAUGAAAGUUAGAUAUAAAGUAAAAUAAAAGGCAAUGUUCCAGAAAAGAAAAAAAGAAUAAAAUAACUUAUUUUAAACAAUUAACGUGAAAAAAAGUAAAUACUAUCGCAAAUAAUAGAUGGCGACACUAUCUAAAAGUUCUUAAUUUGGAGGAAGAAAUUUGACCAUCUUAUCUUUAAAAUCUUUAUUUACAUUUCCUAAUCUUAAAAUGUUUUUUAAGAUUUAAAUCUUGAUUUAAUUUGAGAUAUUAUUACAGAGUUCAAGGUUGAAAUUCUAGUUUACUCUUAGCAUUUCUAGAAUCUCCGGAUAGACACACUCUUUCUUGUAAAAUGUCUUUCAUUAAUAUUCCUGAAAAUAGUCAUUUUUCCUAUCAAAAUCUUCCUUAUGGUAUAUUUAGUGAUCCUAAUAAUGAAAAUCCUAGACCUGGUGUAGCAAUUGGAGAAUUUAUAUUAGAUCUUUCAGUAGUUAAACACCUUUUUUCUGGUCCUCUAUUGAAAAAUAAUCAAUCUGUAUUUCAAAAGGAAAGUUUGAAUAGUUUUAUGUCACUUGGAAGACUAUGUUGGAAGGAAGCACGCCAAACGUUACAAUCUAUUUUAUCUGCUACUAAUCCCAUCUUAAGAGAUGACUUGCCUCUUCGAACCAGAGCAUUUGUGCCUCAAGAAACUGCAAAGAUGCACUUGCCUGCAAAAAUAGGCGAUUAUACUGAUUUUUACUCCUCUAUUGAACAUGCAACAAAUGUGGGAAUCAUGUUUCGAAGUAAAGAUAAUGCCCUGCUGCCAAAUUGGAAAUAUUUACCUGUUGGAUACCAUGGACGAGCAUCCUCCAUUGUUGUAUCCGGUACUCCCAUUAGAAGGCCAAAUGGGCAAAUGAGACCAGAUGAUUCUCAACCACCCCAGUUUGGUCCAUGCAAGACUAUGGAUUUUGAAUUAGAAAUGGCUUUUUUUGUUGGCCCACCUUCACCAUUGGGACACCCAAUCAAUAUUAAAAAUGCACAGGAUCACAUAUUUGGAAUGGUACUUAUGAAUGACUGGAGUGCUAGAGACAUCCAAAAGUGGGAAUAUGUACCUCUAGGACCUUUCUUAGGAAAAAAUCUAGGAACAACUAUCAGUCCUUGGGUAGUCCCUAUGGAUGCAUUGGAGCCCUUUCUGUGUGAUAAUGUACCUCAAGAUCCAGCUCCCUUUCCUUAUUUGCACCACUCCCAACCAUACAACUUUGAUAUACAUUUGGAAGUGUCAUUGCGCCCUGAAAAUUCUGAUAAAGCUACAGUCAUUUCCAGGUCAAAUUACAAGUACAUGUAUUGGACCAUGAAACAACAAUUAACUCAUCACACCAUUACUGGUUGCAACUUGAACACUGGUGAUCUUUUAGCAACAGGAACAAUCAGUGGCAAAUCUCCUGACUCUUAUGGAUCAAUGUUAGAGCUGUCUUGGAAGGGAACAAAAGACAUUCCCUUGUCGAAUGGCGAGACAAGAAAGUUCCUCAAAGAUGGAGAUGAAGUGACUCUCACUGGCUAUUGUCAAGGUGAUGGAUAUCGUGUUGGGUUUGGCACUUGCUCUGGAAAACUUUUACCUGCCCUGCAUCUGUGAACUGUAACUCUAUCAGGCAUUCAAGAAAGAUCAAAAGAUUUUUUUGUAUUUUUGCAUUAUUUUUAUGAAUAAAUUUUCUACUGUUUGCAAGCAA